AUGAGAGAGGUUUUUUUUUCUGAGCCAGGCGCUGACUUUCUCGUCCCUUGUGCUGCGGGACCCCAGCUGAGCAGAGCUGAGAGGCCGCCCUGCCGGGCCAGUGCCCUACUGAGGAUGCACGUUGCUGCUCGAGGUGGGGGGCAGUUGAGGUGGGGGAGCUGCAAAGGGGCUGAGGGUGAAUAAAGAUCCAGCCGCCACCGCCCCAGAGGGAGGAGAGAAACCACAAGUGGACAAAAAAGGGCAAAGGCGCCGAGGAGGCAAAUGAAAGGCCGCCACUCGCCGGCCACCCCGAGAGUUUUGGCGCGUUUGCAUCGGGGUGCGGAGAAAUGACCAGAUAGAGAGCGAAACCCCGGACCCACGCGGGCUUGGGUGGCGGUGGAAUUGGCCUCGGGAAAGCGAGCUCCGUUUCUGGAUUACAAAACAGGAAGACGGAGACUCUGGCUUGCUCUGUGCGUGACUCAUUGAUCUCCGGACUUGGGAUUCGUACAGGUGAGUAAGGAAUUUUUUUCCAAGUUCUUUUCGGCGGCCUCGGAGGGAAUCCGGCCCCAUGACGGCGGAGGGGAGAGCGGAUGCUUUGAGAUCACCGAGCCAGUGGGUUGAGAUGCCGAUUCUGAAGCAGUCCCCCAUCUCCCAGUCGAAGAAGAGGCCCCGCAUUGGCCGGGACAUGAUCAGCGCCCCGCUGGGGGAUUUCCGGCACACCAUGCACGUCGGCCGGGGCGGGGACGCCUUCGGGGACACCUCCUUUCUCAGCAACCAUGGGGGCCCCAAGGCCAACGGGCUGCCCCCCACCACCGAGGCCUUGGCACCGGCUCAGUCCCCCAGCCGCCUCUCGGGGUCCUCCGGCAGCCCGGCUGAUUUGGGGGGUGGCCCUGGUGCCUUGGAUUUGCCCCCUGAUGGCUGGGAGGGGGAACUGCAACACGCUGAGUCCCUCUUCUCCUUCGAGUUGGAUCUGGGGCCAUCCAUUCUGGAUGAGGUGUUGGGGGUCAUGGACAAGGGCGGGGAGCAGCCCCGGAGCGAGGACGUCAGGGCGGAGAGGCCGGUGGGGGGACAGGAGCUGGGCCAUGGGGCAGCUCCCCAGGCAGGGGAGGAGGAAGAAGAAGAGGAGGAAGGCUCCGGGCAUGGAUACACAUUUGAUGAUGAGCUGGAUGAUGAGAUUGGGCUAUAGGAGAGGAGGCUCAGCUCCCCUCCAUUCCCCCCUAUUCCCUCCACCCAUCCAUCUUUCUGCUCCCCAUCCCUUCAUCCACGCCCCCCAUGCUUCAGCCAUCCCCCUCUUCCCUUGCAUGUGUUCUCUUGUUCUUUCCUUCUUCCUCACCCUUCUUUCAUGCUCUUCCCCCUUCUCUUUCUUUUGCUCCUGCUCUCUUUCCCUUCCCCUCUUCCACCAUCUCUUCCUUUCAUUCUUUUCUUUUGUUCACUUAUUCUUACCCCCCAGCCGGCCCCCUCCCCAUGACAGUACCGGUUCUCCGAGGAUGGCGAUCCUACCUUCAAUGGAAAGCCUGAUGUGUUUGAUCCUAAUUUUCACCUCCUUGUCUGUAUGGAUUUCUGGAAUCCUAAUCCACCCACUCAUCCGUUGACUGGUCAACUCAUCAAUACCUCUAUCUAUUAAUGAGCCCUUUAAUCAAUCCACCAACCCACCUGUCAAUCCAUUUGUAAAUCAACCCGUCAAUUGAUCAACAUCAAACUACCACCAAAAAACAAUCGGCCCAUUGGCUGACAAAAUGAGCUAUCAACAGUCAGCCCCCCCCUCACGCAUCAAUUGGCCAAUGGACCCAUCAACCAACCAAUGGACCUGCCAACUAAGUUAUCUACCAACUAAUUGACCCAUGGAACAGUCAAAAAUCAACCAAGCAACCCUUCAACCCAUCAACGGACUAGUCAGGAAUCAACCUGCCAAUUGACCAGUCAGCCAACCAGUGGAAUAGUCAACAAUCAACCAACCGAUUGGUCGGUGGAAUGGUCAACGAUCAACCAAUCGAAUAAGCCAACCUAUCAAUGGAAUAGUCAAGAAUCAUGCCACCAAUCAACCACUCAAUCAACCGGUGGAACAAUCAACUAAUCAAUUAAUCAACCAGUCAUUCCACCAAUCAUCUCAGCAGUUGACCAAAUAAUCCACCAGUCAGUCAGCAUCCCCCAUCCUCUCCCUCAUUCCCCUCUCCCAAUGGGAGAAGGAACUCCUGAAUGGAAAGAAGAGACACUUUGAUGUUGGUUUUAUGUGUAACCAUCUCAUACCCCAUCUGGACUCCGGGGUCACAAGAGAUGGACUUGGACAAGAGCAGUGGCACUGGUUGGGGGGCAGGAUCAGCCAUGAGAAAAGUGAUUUGGGUAACGCUGUGAAAAUGACUUGAGUUCCCUCCUCCCCCACCCUCUAUUUUAUGCCUGGGGCUCCACCCCCAUGGAAGGAAAGUUACUUGAGACAUUAAUGGAUUAUAUUCACGAGGGGUGGAGGGCCUAGGGUCUCAUGGGUUAGAGCAGAGGGGCUGGGAGCCAGGACUCCUGGGUUCUCUCCCUGGCUCUGGAGGAGGGGAGGGGGUUCUAGUGGUUAGAGCACGUGAGGGAAGAGUGGGAGCCAGGACUCCUGGGUUCUAUCCUUGGCUCUGGAAGGGGAGUGGGGUCUAGUGGUUAGAGCAGGGGGGCUGGGAGCCAGGACUCCUGUGUGCUCUCCCUGGCUCUGGAGGAGGGGAAUGGGGUCUGGUGGUUAGAGCAGGGGGGCUGGGAGCCAGGACUCCUGGGUUCUCUCCCUGGCUCUGGAGGAGGGGAGAGGGGUCUAGUGGUGAGGGCAGUGGGGGCUGGAAGCCAGGACUCCUGGGUUCUAUCCCCAGCUCUGUCAUUGAUCCCCUGUGUGUCCCCAGGCAAGUCCAUGUGUCAGUCUGUGUCUCAGUUUCCCCCUCUAAAGUGGAGCUCAUGAUGCUGCCCCAAGGAGGCGGUGUGGGGAGGGAGGAAGUUGGGUUUCUCUGAUGAAAGCUGCUACCUGGGUGCUAGGGAUGAGCCCACCUCCCAGCAACUGAGUGCAAGGGGGGGGCAGGGCUGGAGGCUGACCUGAGCUCCAUCCGGAGCCACCCCCAGUCUGCCACGGGGGGGCGGGGGGGCAGGGCCAUGGUCUGAUCUUGUGCUAAUUGCUGGGUCUCCUCACCCCAGUCCUUCGGUGUGUCCGCUGCGAGCCCCAGGCCUGGCACGCUGACCUUAACGCCUGCCCCUGGCCCUCCGUGUCUCUGCCCCCCCCAUGUUAAAUAGCAGGAUGGAUCUCUGCGUAUAUUUUUUUAUAUCUCUGUAUAUUGCCCCCCCGCGGUGUAUAAAUGUCCAUUCCCCUCCCCCAGCCCUGCCUCGAGUUCACUCUCCAGCAAAGCUUUGUGGGGAGAGAGAAAUGUUUGUAUUUCUUACCAUUAAAGCGCGACCUUCGGUCCGGA